UUAUGGCGGCCGCAGACGUAGAAGUGCAGAAGAACGACCAAAUGCGCAAUCUGAAGCUGUCCGGUCAUGUUGGAUUUGACAGUCUGCCGGAUCAGCUGGUCAGCAAGAGCGUCCAGAAUGGGUUCGUGUUCAACAUUCUGUGCAUCGGAGAGACCGGUCUCGGCAAGUCCACCCUGAUGGACUCAUUGUUUAAUACGAAUUUUGAAUCUCAACCAAGUCCCCAUUCGUUGCCGAACGUAAAGCUAAAGGCUCACACCUAUGAGCUGCAGGAAAGCAUGGUUCGGCUGAAGCUGACAAUCUGCGAUACCGUUGGUUAUGGAGAUCAAAUAAACAAGGACGAUUCGUUCAAAGCCGUUGUCGAUUACAUCGAUCAGCAGUUCGAAACAUUUUUACAAGAAGAGUUGAAAAUCAAGCGUUCGCUUGCAACUUAUCACGAUAGUCGCACCCAUAUUUGCUUGUACUUCAUCUGCCCGACUGGACACGGUCUUAAGUCGUUGGAUUUGGUGUGCAUGAAAAAGCUUGAUUCGAAAGUGAAUAUCAUUCCAAUUAUUGCCAAAGCAGAUACUAUUUCCAAAACGGAAUUGUCCAAAUUCAAGGCUAAAAUCAACGAAGAGCUUCGCAAUAAUGGAGUUCAAAUCUAUCAGUUUCCGACCGAUGACGAGUCUGUGGCGGAGAUUAACGCGACCAUGAACUCACAUAUUCCAUUCGCUGUUGUGGGCAGCACUGAUUUCGUUCGUGUCGGCAAUAAGACUGUUCGGGCACGUCAGUAUCCAUGGGGAACGGUUCAGGUGGAAAAUGAGGCGCACUGCGACUUCGUGAAACUACGCGAAAUGCUGAUUCGUACCAAUAUGGAGGAUAUGCGAGAGAAGACGCAUACCAAGCAUUACGAAUUGUACCGUCAGAAACGGCUCGAGCAAAUGGGUUUCACCGAUGUCGACAGCGACAACAAACCUGUGUCAUUCCAGCAAACGUUUGAAGCUAAGCGCAGCAAUCAUCUCGCUGAUCUGCAAGCCAAGGAGGAUGAGGUCCGGCAAAUGUUCGUUGUUCGUGUUAAGGAAAAGGAAGCUGAGUUGAAGGAGAGCGAAAAAGAGCUGCAUGCUAAAUUCGAUAAAUUGAAAAAGGAUCACGCUGAAGAAAAGCGUAAGUUAGAGGAAUCACGCAAGAAGCUUGAGGAAGAGUUUGUCGAAUUCAAUCGGCGCAAGUCGCAGAUGGCUGCCUCCCAUCACACACUCACACUGGGAAAGAGUAAAAAGAAAUGAAACUUGUAGAUUGCCGGAAGGACAACGCCCUGAACGCGCAUUUGACAAAACCGGUCGUAUUUUAACGUGCAACAUUGGCACACCAUCAAGCGUAAAACAAAAUAAGGUAGGUUUUAGAAAUGUCGCCUGCGCUUCUGCAUGCAGCUACACUCUCAAUCGGAACCGCUUCAUCAUGACUGUUUAGACAGAAAGCCUAAGCUGAAAAACAUUACUUUUCCGCAGAAUGCAACUGUUACCAAAAGAUUCGUUUUAAGUAAAAACAAUUUUAUCGACUCUUAGUACAAAGUUUUCAAAACUUUAAUCUAAAACGUUUAAAUAAGAACAAAAGACUAACCCAUUUGGAUAGAACAGUAACUCGAAAAUAGUAAUUUUUAUCUAGCAAAAAUUGCAUAUUUCAACUAUAACCGCAGAGAGCCGCAAAUAUUUGUUCCAACCUAAAACGCACAGUGCAGUCUCGUCACAGCUUCACUCUCCGAGUCAGGCAGGCGAAACUGUUUACUUGAGCGCUGAAAAUAUUGCUUGGCACUACGUAACCCUUCCAUUCGCUUGAGCAGCAGAUUAAUCGAAUUAAUUAACUACGUGACACAAUAGGAGCAAAACGUAAACCCAAAAUGACUUGACGACUAUCUCACACAGCAAUUAGACGCCUUUUCUCAUUACGGAUUGUAUGUUUUUGUAUACAUUAAAGGUUUAUUUUACUCGAUUGGUUUUCAGCUUUCUAUCUAAUUCAUCAAUUUUUACUAUUUUAAAUUCCACGCUGGUAUUCAAAAGCAAGGUAUUUAAGUUAAGAAUUAGAAAUAACAAACCGCGUUGUAUUCUUUUUUUUACUAAGACAAACAAGAGCAACAGAUUUCUACACCAUUUAUCUCUGUUUUGAAAGCAGAAGAUUUUUAGGUUUGUCUAAUAUUUUCUUUUUACUGCUGAGCAUAGUAGUUGUCCACAAUACAAGAAGUUUUUCAAUAAUAUAUCUAUAUACU